AGCUAAACAUAGUUAGAAGCUACUUUAGACUAGUACAAGUGUGGCUUAUAAAUACAUGUACAUGGAAUCCUGAGUUUCGCAAAUGGCGACAGAAGGAUCAGAUGCUGAUAUCGUGGAUCCAAACGAUGAUUUCUAGUGAAAUUCUUGCUCAUGUCGUUGGAAGCAAUCACACGUUCGAGCUAUGGAACAAGAUCCUUUCGCAUUUCCAUAAACAGAUGCGAGCCAAAGCGCGUCAACUUCGUGUUGAGUUAAGUUCCACAAAGCUUGAAGAUCGUACGGUAAAAGAGUAUUUGCUUCAAAUUCGUCUUCUUAUUGAUAAUCUCAGUGCUAUUGGUGAUCCUGUACCUCUUAAUCAUCAUCUUGAUAUAAUCUUGGAGGGUUUACCCUCAGAUUUCAACUCUGUUAUUUCUGUUAUCGAAAGUAACUUCGAUUCCAUGGAUAUGGAUGAAGCUGAAGCCUUGCUUCUGGCUCCUGAGACAUGCUUAGAAAAGUCUAAGAAGAAGACACUUGAUGAAGUUGCAUCUCUCAAUUUGGCUCAAGCAUCGUCUUCCAAAUCUACUCCAAACACUGAAACUGAUUCCACUCCACCAUCUGUUAACUCCACCACUGGUCCAGAUCCUUCUCGUUUCAACUCUUAUCGUGGUAGAGGCGGUAGAAAUGGUCGUGGUCAUGGAGAAGGAGGAGGACGCUAUUCUAACACUCAGUGCCAGAUCUGUUACAAAACUGGUCACCCUGCCUCUGAGUGCUGGCACAGGAGUAAUCUACAGUAUCAGCCUCAAAUUCCUCCAAAUUAUCAUGUUGGCUAUAUGGUCACAAUCCACCUGGUUAUGGAUUCAUGCCCUAUCCUGCAGCACACUACAAUGGCUUUGGCAAUGGCUUUGGAGCCUCUUCAUCUCGUUUCAAUCCAUACUUGCCUCGUUAUCCCUCUCCAAUGCGUCCUUCAUCCUCUCAGGCCACUAAUGCUGUCCUUCUACAUGGCACUGUGGGAUCUGAUGGCUUAUACAAAUACAAGUUUCCAAGCCUCAAUAUUCAACCUGCUCAAUCUGUUCCAGAUUUAUUUUCAAAUAAUAAACCAACUGUUUGUACUAUUCAUAAUUCUACCAGUACUAGUAAUAGCAUGCAUCCUUUGCCUUCCUGUUCUACUUACCUAUGGCAUCUAAGGCUAGGCCAUCCAAAUGAACACAUUUUGAAACUUGUUUUGAAAAAUUGUAAUCUUUCCUUCAGUAAUACAAAUAAAGAUGCUUUGAAUUUUUAAACAGUUUAAGUCUAUGGUUGAACUUCAACUUGGCCAUUCUAUUAAGUCCCUUCAAACUGACUGGGGGGGUGAAUUCUGGCCAUUCACCCAAUACCUACAAAGUCUUGGCAUUAUACACCGUCUUAUCUGUCCUCACACCGACCAUCAAAAUGGGGUCAUUGAACGAAAACAUAGGCAUAUUGUUGAUUUGGGCCUCACACUUUCAAGCCAAGCCUCUUUGCCCCUAAAAUACUGGGACCAUGCCUUUCUAGCUUCUGUUCAUCUUAUCAACAGAUUACCUAGCUCCACUCUUCAAUUCAAAAUACCCUAUACUGUUCUAUUUAACAAAAACCCUGACUACCCCUCUUUCAAGGUCUUUGGUUGUGCAUGCUUUCCACUCUUAAAGACCUUAUAAUGCUCAUAAGUUUGAUUUCAGGUCACACGAGUGUCUCUUUUUGGGGUACUCCUCUGUUCACAAAGGUUACAAGUGCGUUUCACCCUCUGGACGUAUCUAACAUGGUAUCAGAUUAGUCCUUUGAUCCAUGGCUGAUUCCGCCGCGUUUAAGCAUAGUUAGAAUCCAGCUAAGCAUUAGUUAAUCUGAUAUGUCCAGCUAAGCAUAGUUAGAACACAAAUAAGCAUAGUUAGAAUCCAGCUAAGCAUAGUUAGAAGCUACUUUAGACUAGUACAAGUGUGGCUUAUAAAUACAUGUACUUGUAACUGAAAAGAUUCAGAAUGAAAUAAUACAAAUCAAGAAGCAAAAGUUUGUUACAGAUUCGGUUAUGAAUUCUCUGAAAGUUAACAUACUUUUUUGUUUGAUGUUCUUCACAGUUACUUGGCACUAACUGGUUCACUAACUUGUUGAAUUACUAUAUGCCUAGGUGGAUGAUCUCUCUAGGAUGUAUAGAUUUUGCCCUACUAAAUUGCUGGAUCCUAUUGCCAAUGUAUUCAAGCAGGUUGGUUUAUUUACGUAAUGCUAUACUUUAUUUAAUGAUGUAUUAUGAUGAUUGCUUAA